CGAUUUUGGUUUUGGCCACCCAGAAGCCAAGGACCGUGCGGUCUUCCUGACUAUUCGCAAGUCGUCGGUCAAGCCGCCGCCUUCGGUGCAAUGGCGGACCAGCUCACCGAGGAGCAGAUCGCCGAGUUCAAGGAGGCGUUCUCCCUAUUCGACAAGGACGACGGGGACGGCACCAUCACCACCAAGGAGCUGGGCACCGUGAUGCGCUCUCUGGGGCAGAACCCCACCGAGGCCGAGCUACAGGACAUGAUCAACGAGGUGGACGCGGACGGUAACGGUACGAUCGAUUUCCCCGAGUUCUUGUCCCUGAUGGCGCGCAAGAUGAAGGACACGGACACCGAGGAGGAGCUGAUCGAGGCCUUCAAGGUGUUCGACCGCGACGGCAAUGGCUUCAUCAGUGCUGCAGAGCUGCGCCACCGGUUGACCAACCUCGGCGAGAAGCUCACCGACGAGGAAGUCGACGAGAUGAUCCGCGAGGCCGACGUCGACGGUGACGGCCAGAUCAACUACGAGGAGUUUGUCAAGAUGAUGAUGGCCAAGUGA